GCUCUCACGGCUAAAGAAAGAAACAAGCGGAUUGGUGGAUGAUGCAUGUUCCCGGAAGGAGCGCAUCGUACUUUUACGAUGGAAUCAGGACGAUCUUAUUCGCUCUCACAGAUGUGAUUUGUAGUUUAUCAGAUACAUUUAAAUAUUUGCGGAGUAUCUAUAUAUAAUAGAUAUAUUUAAGGUAUUAGUUAGUUAUAUGAAUCCUCUGUAAAAGAACGUCGUUCACAGUGUUUCUCGAGUCCUGUGACUGAAAAGGAUAUAUAUAUAUAUUUUUUAAAUGUCCAGUGCUGUUUUAUUAUCAUUGCGCCAACAACUCAAAAAAUGCUUUGAGACGCUAAAAGCGGAUAAAAGCGUUUGGGACAGUGAACUAGCCGAAUGUAAACCUCUCAUGAGCUCUCUUGGAAACCUUGCAGUGCAGUUGAAGGCACUGAAAAACGUUCGGAUUGCAAACACACCUCUUGCCAAUUUCCCUAGUUUACCAGAACGCCUUCAUUACAAACUGUCACUGGCUGUGGAUUCAGUUCUGGGAAAACUAGCCGAGAAAAUGGAUGCUCUUCAGAGGGUGCGGGAUGCCAUCAGUCAACAGGUGUCUGCUGUUUUCCAGUUCUAUGAGAAGAACACAGACAAUCUUGACAUUGCUGGCUGUGUCUCCAGAUCAGACAUCUGUCCCUCCAUCUCAGAUAUGUUAGAGUGGCUUCAAGAUGCAGAUCGCUAUUACCGCCUACAAUUAGUGCAGAGAAGGAACCUCCUGCAGACGCUGACACCCAGUGACCUUACGUUAAUGGAAAUGGCACCAAAGAGAUGGGAAUCUCUACAUUCAGCUAGUGGAGAGGAGAGAAUUGCAGAUGCAUUGUGUCAAGUUUCAUUCUUCAUGGAGACUGAAUGAAUGACAUUUUAUCAAGUAAUUUCCACAUUCUGUGUUGGCUGUUGUUCUCAGUUUGGCAAUGAAGGAUCCUUAAAAAAGGACAGCGGUAUAUUAAUGGUGGAACUCAAGACUCCUGGAUUAAUUUUGUUUUCCUGUGGGCAUUAACUUGUCAAAGACUGAAUAUCAGCAUCAUCGUAAGAGCGGUGUUCUGUUUUAAUAAAUGUGGUCAUUUAAUUUA